ACUUUUAUCUCCAGAGGAGAUCAGGAUACGCUGUAGUGUCUUCAUAUGAAACCCUUGAAGCACAGACCCUAUCUCCCAACUUGUUAGUGCAUGGAGUAGAGUUUAAUUGCGCUAACACCAGGAUUUCAUCUUGGAGAAAGACAAAGGAUAAAUAUUUACACUGACUCAAAAUAUGUAUUCAGAGUCCUGCAUGUCUUUGGGGCAUUAAAGAAAGAAAGAGGGUUUCGCUACAACCAGAGCCAAUAAUUCAGAAUGGAACUUAAGUGAAAGAAUUGAUAGAUGCAGUGAUUCUACCUGAGGAAGUGUCUGUGAUACACUGCAAAGCACGGGACAUCAAAGUGGGGCUCAGAAUUAGCAGCUGCAAUGUCUAAAACCUGGAAAAGUGAAAAACAUCUUCACGGUGGACUGUUCUGUGCUGCCCAUAACUCGCAGUGAUGUCAAGUUAAAAGAGAGCAAGACAUAGAUUCAUCACACCCAACUAAAAGCAGCCUUCGUUGGAGAUUGUGGAGUUGCUGAUACCAUAGCUGAACAACCUGGGGGAAAAGACAAGGACUCAAGUUACCUUUCCAAAGGAACAGCAAGUAGGUGUUUUGAUGAGCAUCAUAAUCCCUGACCACCUACCAGCGAUGGAAAGCCGAGAUUUCCCAGUAGAGAGAAGGAUGCGUCAGUUUGAAGUUCAGGGGCAGCCUAUUCUCUUAGUGAAACAUAACGGUACAUUUAGUGCUAUUGGCAGCAAAUGUUCACACUAUGGAGCACCUCUAAUUAAAGGAGCCCUUGUAGGUGAUAGAGUCCGCUGCCCUUGGCAUGGUGCGUGCUUCAAUGUAAAGACUGGAGACAUUGAAGAAUAUCCUGGAUUGGAUAGCCUACCUUGCUUUAAGGUGUCAGUGGAGAAUGGUGCUGUGAGCAUUGUCACCAGUUUGAAGGCACUAGCAAACCAGAAGAGGACAAAACAUAUGAGCACUCAUUCUCCUAAUGAUAGGAGCACCAUUGCCAUAAUUGGAACAGGCCCAGCCGGCUUAGUUUGUGCUGAAACUCUCCGUCAGGAAGGUUAUGGAGGCAGGAUUGUGAUGGUGACAAGGGAUGAUCACAUGCCCUAUGACAGGACAAAGCUCAGCAAGGCUAUGGGUACCAAUGCGUCUGAUAUUUACCUGAGACCAGCUGAGUUUUUUGCAGAGAAUGGCAUUGAAGUCUGGACAUCUAAAGAGGUGGUUGAUGUCCAAGUAGACGACAGCAGAAUUAAGUUCCGAGAUGGAUCAUUGCUGCAGUACAGCCAGCUGCUGAUUGCCACUGGUAGCAGACCUCUGGCGCCCACUUGCCCUGGUUCCAAUUUAAAAAAUGUUUUCCUGUUGCGUACCCCAGAAGAUGCCAAUGCAAUCAGCGAGAUAGCUGUGAACCGGAAUGUGGUGAUCAUGGGCUCUUCAUUCAUUGGGAUGGAGGUUGCAGCAUACCUAUCUGAUAAAGCCAGCUCUGUCUCUAUUAUUGGGAGAUCUAGUGUCCCUUUUCAGGCUGCUCUGGGGCCCAAGAUUGGAGAGCUGGCCAUGAAGUUGCUGCAGGAUCAAGGUGUGAAUUUCCAUAUGAACACAGAAGCCAGGGAAAUACGAGGAGACGGUGGACAGGUUUCCGAGGUGAUUUUGCGGAAUGGGGUCCAAAUUCCUGCUGAUGUUGUGGUUGCUGGAAUAGGUGUCACUCCUGUAUCUAGUUUCUUGAAAGGAUACAAAGUAGCUGUGGAUAGAAGAGGAGCCAUAUAUGUAGAUGAGUUUAUGCGUACCAGUGUUCCUGAUGUGUUUGCAGCUGGGGACGUUGUAUCAUUCCCCCUUGCUAUGAUGGAGGGACACAGAGUUAACAUUGGACAUUGGCAGAUGGCGCACUCUCAUGGCCGGAUAGCUGCUCUCAACAUGUUGAAUAAACGCGUACCUCUGAAUUCUGUACCCUACUUCUGGACAUCUCUCCUUGGAAAGAGCAUCCGGUAUGCAGGGUAUGGAGAAGGAUACACAGAGAUUAUAAUGAAAGGAAAUCUGCAGGAUCUAAAGUUUCUUGCCUUUUAUAUCAAGGAUGAUUUUGUUGUUGCAGUGUCAAGUAUGAACUUUGACCCUGUAGUAUCACAGAUAGCAGAAAUUAUGCUCUCUGGUAGGCGAUUUACUAAGAAAGAGGUGCUGAAAGAAGACUUCAUGGACUUUGGAAUCUCCAUUUAACUAGUCCAGAAAACCACUUCAAGCAAGUGCCUUGUUUGUCUUUGAAAGUUGCCCACAAUCACGAAUUAUUAUGGGUACAUACAGUACCUGCACUGCUAUUAAGAUUUGUAGGGUUAAUUACUAAAGUGUGAACUAAUGGGAAUGCAGUGUGAAUUUAAAAUCUUGGAAAAUUCUCCAAGUUGGCCAUAAGUUUUAAAUGCAUUCUGAAUUAAUUCACUGUAGUGAAUAACCCUGUUCGUAUACUACAGCUCCGUAUCUGCACAAUGCCACAUUGGGUUGAAGUAAUAAGACAGACUGUGUAAAUGUAAAGUGCAGGUUUCAUUUUCACUUGAAUAUACAAUACUGUAUCCACAUUUCUUGAUGUUCAACAUUCCAUGCCAUUCUAAAGAUAGUGUUUUAAUGCAUUUUGGUGUUAGCACAGUUAAAAAUCACUGCUCACACUGGGGAGACCCAGGUGUCCGAUGCCUGGAGCCAUAUUUAGUACCCUUGACUGACAGGUGCGCUACAUGCAGCUCUCAAAGUUAAGUCACUGCGGCAGAGCAAUUGUGUUCAGUGUGGUGAUUCUUAGCCUGCCUAGCACUGAUCAGCAGGGGCAGAAUGUAGGAGCUGCAGCAUGAGAGGGAGACCUACCUUUCAUGCUGCAAUAUGUCAGAGUAAAGCACUCUGCACUGUGUGAGUUGGAAAAUACCUCUUCUUCAGCUUCUGUCAGUAGAGGGAACAGAGUUAGGGGUAAGUUUAGGGAAGGUGUGUGGUUAGUUAGCAGCAUAGGGUAGGAUUGGUGUUAACUUCCAAAAAUAAAAUUUCAAUCCUAGACAUGAGGAAUUUCACAAGCAGUACUGAUAAAUGAAUACAUUUUAAGUAACAAAUUUUAGUUGCAUUUUAUGUGUACAAUUAUAAUCCAAAUGGAGGGA